AUCGGGCGUUUGUUUCGUAAAUCUUUCGUCGUGUUUUUUGUAGACGAGGUGGAGAGAACGUUGGCUAUGGAUCUGCUUCUAUUCACCACGACUGCAGCCAGCUAUGUUUGGUAUGCCCAGACGCAUGAACGGGCGCGAUCUCAGGUGCAUGAAAAGGACAUGACGAACGAGGCUAGCAAAAAGACCGUUUCGCAGGCUCCCGUGCUAGCGCUCUUCUUCUCCGCCGGCUGGUGUCCCGAUUGUGUCGCAUUUUUACCUUUAAUAGAAGCGUUCGCACAGAGCCAGCCGGAGAACCUCGUUCGCGUAGUCUACGUGAGCUCCGACGAGAGCGAAGCCGCUAUGGAAGCUUUCAAACCGAAAAAUUUUGCGUUUGUACCUUUUGACAAUACACAAGAGCGAAGCAACAUGAAGCGGCACUAUGGUGCGUGUGCUCGAAAGGAAAUGGCCGACCUCGAAAUCACGGCAGAACAGCGGAAACACGGCAUUCCCGCUGUUAUUUUAAUUGAAGCCCAGACGGGCAAGAUCCUCCACGAAAGUGGGGCGGAAGAUUUGGAGACUAUGACUGUGGAAAACGCAUUUGCGAAAUGGAAGGGCAAACUCCCGCAAACAUAG